GAAAUCUCGCGGAGUUUUGGUGCCGUGUCUGUUGCUAGAUGUGUGGCACUAGUUUAGUUUCGGGAAAAUCCAAGAAAGGUGGAGACUUGUGGAUAACUUCCUUAGCGGUGAACAGGAGAACACAGCGGCGAUAAGAGGCGCAGCUGUGGGGCGGUCGACGGGUGGUCUCUCCGGCAGAGGCGAAUGGAUUUAUAUCGAGAAUAAACUUGGUGGAGAGCAGCUCAGUGGCACGGGGACGCGCGAGCGGGACAGACAGAUAUACAUACAUAUAUUAUACACUGCUAGCAUCCAGGUGGCUAGCUAACGUCAGCUAUAGGAGGGGAGACAGUCCUGCCUCAAAGAAGGACAGUAUGGUUGAAGUGGUGGUGGAGUAUGAGUAUGAAGCUGCCCAUGAAGAUGAGUUGACUCUCAGGCAAGGAGACAUAAUCAAGAAUGUUCGGCGAAUUGAGGAAGAGGGAUGGAUGGAAGGUGACCUUAAUGGACGAAGAGGCCUUUUCCCAGACAACUUUGUCAAGGAAGUAAGAAAAGAACCAGUGAAAGAGGAGGUGAAAGAAGCCAAGGAGGUGAAGGAGGCAAAGGAGACGAAGGAGGUGAAGGAGGUGAAGGAGGUGAAAGAGAAUGCGCAACCCCAGCGAAGGUCGGCUGGGAACGUAGCCAGUUUGGUGCAGAGGAUCAGCACUUAUGGCAUCCCAACAGGAGGUCUAGGCUUCCAGCCCCGUUCCUCCAAAAAGAAGAAGAAGCGUCAGUGCAAAGUCGUGUUUGAGUACGUACCCCAGAAUGAGGAUGAGCUGGAACUGAAGGUGGGCGACAUCAUCGAAAUCACUGAAGAGGUUGAGGAAGGCUGGUGGAGCGGAAGUAUGAAUGGGAAGUCUGGUCUUUUUCCGUCUAACUUUGUCAAAGAAGUCGAGAUGAACGAAGAAGAAGAAAUCAGCGAUGUUCCCGAUGAUCCAGACAGUAAAGAUGAGGCCAUGAGCCCAACUUCUCCUCACCCUGGAAAUGGGGUUAUUGCACAGCCUAAAAAGGUCAAAGGAGUCGGCUUCGGAGACAUUUUCCGAGACUCUGUGAAACUCAAAGUGCGACUGCCGUCAGAGACUGAGGACAAGAAAGAAAAACCAAUUCCAUCAUUGCCAUCUGCUGCUAAGCCCACCAAUUUGAGCACAUCAGACGCUCAGAAAUUGGAGAAAGAUGGUGAAAGCAAAGGAAAAGUAAAGGAAUACUGCAAGGCUACCUUUGCUUACGAGGCUACGAAUCAGGACGAGCUGGAUAUUAAGGAAGGUGAUGUCAUUCAUUUACUGAGUAAGGACACAGGAGAGCCAGGCUGGUGGAGAGGAGAACUGAGUGGAAAACAGGGAGUGUUUCCUGACAAUUUCGUGGUGCUGCUGUCAGAGUCAGACAAAGAGCCAUUGGCAUCCAAAGGCUCUGUUAAACAAUCACCCAAACAAGAACCAGAGGAGAAGCCAAAGAAGCCCCCUCCCCCAUCCAAAUCCACAGUGCUGAAGCCCGAGGUCCCCAGCGCUGAAAGAAAACCUCCACAGCCACGACCUGAAGAUAAAGUUGACAGGGCUAUUCCAGAAAAACCUGCCAAGCCUGCUGCCCCCAUUGUUCCCCCCAAAAAGCCUGUACCCCCUCCAGGCAAAGGACUGAUACGUCCAGGAUCUUUGACCCCAAAACGUCCAGACAAACCUCUGGCUCCAUCUCCAGUAGCUAAGCACAAUGGAGAGGUGCCUCACCUUCGACCAAAGUCCGAUUUAGAGCCGACGUUACCCAGCAAACCAAAAACCCUGUCGGGAGACUGGGCGGAGAAAGUCGUCGAAUCAGAUCUCAUGAGUUUCGAUGAUGUCUCCUCUACCUCGGAAAAACUGUCUCAUCCAACUACAAGCAGACCAAAGAUGCCCGGCAGACGGCUCCCGGCCCAGUUCGGUGGUCACUCCCCAAGCAAGGAGGCCAGUGAGAAAGUUCAGAAAACAGAGGAAGAGGAGGUUCCAAGACCAAAGUCCUCAGAGUCAUGGAAGCCAUCCCUCCCAACACCAACACCUGCUGUGCACAAUAAAGUGGUCAGCACCUCCACUCCUGAGCCCAAACCAAAAGCUGAGGGUGAGGAGGAAAAAAGAGGCGAGGUGGAGGAGCUCCGGACUCAGCUGAAGGAGUUGGCGCUCUCCAUAGAGUUACUAAAGACGCAGCAAACGAGGGAGCUUUCUGAACUGAGAAAUGAGCUGGACGAGGAGCGGUUGAAACGGGUGGCCCUUCAGCUGGAGAUAGAGAAAUUAAAAAAGCAGGUACAAUCAACGUGAGAUCAGCGAUCAAGCCUGAAAGCCCUCCUCCUGUCCCUUUGCUGGUGGAUGGAAGCCCCCAGAAGUGACGAAUAUCAUUCCCAUAAUCCUUAUAGUCACUGACUUACUCCACAAAUUGUAAAAUUUACAUUUGCACAUAAUGAGGUUUUUAAGGUAUAAAAUGGUGUAAUUAAGACAGAUGUAUAUGUCUUUCUAUCUCUCUCUCUCUCUCUCUCUCUCUCUCUCGCUCUCUCUUUCACUGUGUCUCUAUCUCUCUCUUUUUGUUUGCCAACAACGAUUGAGGCCUUAUUAUAUACUACUGUGCUGGAUAUGCAACCUCUGCAUUCUUUUGAGAAUGUGGCUGAAUUUGCAAAUUUAAUACUACUGAAGCUGUAUAAGUAAAGGAGGGGAUUCUUUUCUUUAUUUUUAUGACAUUGGGUAGAUUUUGUUUCCCUUUUUUAAGCUUUUGUGAUUACAGCAAUAAUCGUUCCAUGUUAGCCUCUUUAGAUGACUUGGGAAUAUAUGGUGUACUCCUGAUGCUUUAGUUAUUUUUUUUUUCUUUUUUUUUCUGAUAAUCUGUUAAAAGGGAGAUAGGCCUGUAUUAUGUUUGUUUGUUUUUUUAUUUUAUUUCUAACAUUCCUAUCCAGGGUGACACUAUUGUGCCUGUUUUACAAGUGUUAAUACUGGGAGCUUUCAUUUAUAUCCUCAGAAUUACAGUAAUGAAAAUAUAUAUUUAUGGUCUAGUGAUUGCAGAAAAUGGUUAAAAACUGUAUGUGUUUUAUGUAUCAUGGAUGAGUUAUUGACUUAUUCUCAGAUGACAGUUCUUUAAGCAGUAGGUGAUAUAAUAUAAUAUAAAAAUGACUGCUGGUUUAAUGAUCUCCCCAACACUUCAAUACCUUUUCCUGAGCAGAUGAUCUAAUUAUCCAGUGUGUAACAUAGCAGGCAAGCUAAUGCUGUCCAGUGAUGAUCCAGUCAGGUUUGAAUUUAGGACCAGUGUGAACCUAAUGUUUCUGACACGGUGGGUGUAGGAGCAUCCAGUGGUUGUUCUAGUAUGUCUGAUUUGCGCUUCACCAUCUGCAAAAGAGCAGCAUUUUGUAGAGCAGUGGCUCUAAUAAAUCUGCAGUGAUGCCAGAACCAACACAGACCUGUAGCAAAGAAACAGUUUUAGCCAAGGCAUUUAUCCUAAAAGUUGCAUUGUUUCAUUCAGAUGUUCCACUUCACCCUUGUUUCACCCAUGUGUCUGGACAAAUGGUGAUUAAACCACACCCUACCCACCAGCAUCCAACAAUUAUUAAGUGCUUUUGCUUGCUUGCACAAUCCCUCGAUCUAAAAGAUGGCUUUUCCCGGAUUUAAAAUCCCUAUUCUAAAUGCCAAACACUAUGGAUGGCCUUGUCAACAGACUCUCAGUAGACUGAAACUGCUGCCACAUUAGACUGUAUCAAUACAUAUUGGAUAGAUUUAUGUAACCACGUCUGUCUUACUAGCAAUUGGACCUUGUUCUUCAUUCGAGUACACUAAAAGUGUAUCCUUUCCUCAGGCUUCUUAUUCCUGUUAAAGCAUUCCACAUCAGGGACCCUGUGUGUGCGUGCGUGUCUGCGUGCGUGCGUGUGUCUGCGUGCGUGCGUGUGUCUGCGUCCAAUGCAUCUAAAUUGUGUCCAAUCCAGAUUAAAUCCAGAUACUCUGCUAUUCACAUAUAUAUUUUCUCCACAUGAAAGGAUCUAUGUAAGUGAAUUGGCGUAAAUACAUUCUUUUUUUUUUUUUGCUUUGUUUGGUUUAGAAACUGAUGUGGACAUAUUCAGCAUCUCUCCAAGUGAUCUUGUUUACAUGAUUUUGAACAGACAUGCAUGAACUGAGAUUUUGUUUUUGUUUAUUUUUUUUGUUCCAACUGAAUAAAUAUCUUUUAUUUACAGAA